GCCAGGCUGGGGAUCUCCUUGGUGACGUCACGUUGACGCGGCUCUCCCUGGUUUCCAUGCUGCACAGGUGACGGCGGCCGCCAUAUUGGCGGAGCCUGUGGCUGCGGCGAACGGAAACAGGCGGAUCCGGAGGGGGAUUCUCACCUCUCCGCUCCCCCUUUAGGAGCUGGCGGGGGGUGCGUGGACCGAACCGCCCGGGAGGGGGAUGCCGCAGCGGCUCAGUUAUCUGGAGGAUCCGGGGAUGAACAUGGAGGUGUACGGGACCGGCGGGAGUGAGGUAAAUGGUAUGAAGAUGGUGGACGAGCCGAUGGAUGACGAGGACUCCCUCCUCCCUUAUGUGAGUGUAGCCACUGACCUUAUGUUACUGGAGGACGAAGGAAACGUCGAAGAGAUUCCCAUCACCCACCAUGUGAAGGAGGGCUGCGAGAAAGCCGACCCCGCGCAGUUCGAGCUGCUGAAGGUUCUGGGACAGGGAUCCUUUGGAAAAGUUUUCCUUGUGCGAAAAACUGUGGGGCCGGACGCCGAACAACUGUACGCCAUGAAAGUGUUAAAGAAGGCGUCUCUGAAAGUGAGGGACCGAGUCCGCACUAAGAUGGAGCGAGACAUCCUGGUGGAGGUGAACCAUCCGUUUAUUGUCAAGUUGCACUAUGCCUUUCAGACCGAAGGGAAAUUAUACCUAAUCCUGGAUUUUCUCAGGGGAGGCGACGUCUUCACGCGGCUAUCCAAAGAGGUUAUGUUUACAGAGGAAGAUGUGAAGUUCUACUUGGCAGAGCUGGCCCUGGCGCUGGACCAUCUGCACAGCCUGGGCAUCGUCUACAGGGACCUAAAGCCAGAAAACAUUUUGCUUGAUGAAGCAGGACAUAUCAAGUUAACAGAUUUUGGGCUCAGCAAAGAGUCAGUGGACCAUGAAAAAAAGGCGUAUUCCUUCUGCGGUACUGUGGAGUACAUGGCCCCGGAAGUGGUCAACAGGCGGGGCCACACGCAGAGCGCGGACUGGUGGUCCUUCGGCGUCCUCAUGUUUGAGAUGCUGACGGGCACGCUGCCGUUUCAAGGGAAAGACCGGAAUGAAACCAUGAACAUGAUACUAAAAUCGAAGCUCGGGAUGCCGCAGUUUUUAAGUUCAGAAGCUCAAAGUCUCCUCCGAAUGUUGUUCAAGCGGAAUCCUGUAAACCGAUUGGGGGCCGGCCUGGACCGGGUGGAAGAAAUCAAACGGCAUCCGUUUUUUGCUACCAUUGACUGGAAUAAGCUGUACAGACAAGAGAUUCAGCCGCCAUUCAAACCGGCGUCCGGCAAACCUGAGGACACCUUCUGCUUUGAUCCAGAGUUUACAGCGAAAACACCAAAAGAUUCUCCGGGGGUCCCGCCCAGCGCCAAUGCUCACCAGCUCUUCAAAGGCUUCAGCUUCGUGGCCCCUUCUUCCAUUGAGGAGCAUAAAAUCUCUUCUGUUACGAACGUCCUGCCGAUCGUACAGCAAUUUCAUGGAGGCCGGGUGCAGUUCACUGACAUCUACGACCUGAAGGAAGACAUCGGCGUCGGCUCCUACUCCAUCUGCAAGAGGUGCAUCCACAGGGCCACAAACAUGGAGUACGCCGUCAAGAUCAUAGACAAAAGUAAGCGGGAUCCAUCAGAAGAGAUUGAGAUCCUGAUGCGAUACGGGCAGCAUCCGAACAUCAUCACCCUGAAGGACGUGUACGAUGACAACGGCCGCUACGUUUACCUUGUUACGGAGCUGAUGAAAGGGGGAGAACUGCUGGACCGCAUCCUGAGGCAGAAGUUCUUCUCGGAGCGGGAGGCCGGCGCCGUCCUGUACACCAUCACUAAGACCGUGGACUACCUGCACUGCCAAGGUGUGGUUCACCGGGACCUGAAGCCGAGUAACAUCCUGUACAUGGACGACUCCAGUAACGCUGACUCCAUCAGGAUAUGUGACUUCGGGUUUGCUAAGCAGCUGCGGGGCGACAACGGCCUCCUCCUGACGCCAUGUUACACCGCCAACUUUGUGGCCCCUGAGGUUCUGAUGAGGCAGGGCUAUGACGCGGCCUGUGACAUCUGGAGCCUCGGCGUCCUCCUCUACACCAUGCUGGCGGGGUACACGCCCUUCGCCAAUGGCCCAAACGACACUCCAGACGAAAUCUUACUGCGAAUAGGAAGCGGCAACUUCUCGCUGAGCGGAGGGAACUGGGACACGGUGUCCGAUGCUGCAAAAGAGCUGCUGUCGCACAUGCUCCAUGUCGAUCCGCACCAGCGCUACACCGCCGAGAAGGUGCUAAAGCAUUCCUGGAUCGCCUGCCGAGACCAGCUCCCCCACUACCAGCUCCACAGACAGGACGCCCCCCACCUCGUCAAGGGAGCCAUGGCCGCCACAUACUCUGCGCUCAAUCACAAGACUUUUCAGCCAGUCCUGGAGCCCGUCGCAGCCUCGAACCUCGCCCAGAGACGGAGCAUGAAAAAGCGAACAUCCACGGACUUGUAGAGCGAAGCCCCG